GGCAGCCGCCCGCCAGCUGCAUCAGGAGAUGUUAGUCACGCCCGGAAGGCUGUUCGAGUCCGCCUCCUUGGAAAAGAAGCUCAAGUAAAUAAUUGAUGGAGAUUGACCGAACCCAGGACAAAGCUUUGCAGGAAACCAGUGCAUCCGUGUUCGAGCGGUUUUGGAAUCCUCUGCCAAGUACGGGAUAAGAGAAUAGAGCAAGGAGUUUGAGCGCUGCUGUCAAUCUUCCAUCUCGGGCGUGGCUCUGGCCUUUUUGUCUCUUUAUCCCGCCACUCCCCACCCCCGUUCCCCGUCCCCCUCCCCGCCUUCUUCUCUUUCCUCUUGAAAGUAACCUCUCUUUGGUUAUUUCUACCCUAUCGUCCCUUGCAAUCCCGCCCUCUCUCCUGCCCAGUUCGGUGAGGUCAGCUCAUGAAUAUCUCUGCACUUCCUGGGAAGCGUGUGCCCCAGCUUGGUACCUCGCGUGUUAGCCUGCUGAGAGCUGCAGCUCCAGCCCAGCCGCGGACCGUCGGGAAGUCACCGGCUCUGGGGGCAGCUGAAUCUUGACGUUACCGCCAUUGUUUGGAGAAAUCGAGUGGGUGUGGAACUGCGGCGAGCGAACCCAAAGUCAUGCUCAGCCGGAAAGUCGCAUACAAUAAUACGAAGUUGAACUUUCCUCGGCGCAGAAAGGCACAAUAAUAAACCCUGAGAUCCCGGGAAUAUCAGAAGGAAAGUGCUGUUGAUUUGUUCAACUACUUGGAAACCUCGCCUCUGCUGAGAACUUAGGAAGGAAGGUUGGCGGCGGUGAAGACGGAAGAGGAUGAUCUAGUAAUGGGCUCUUCCAAAUCGCAUCUGGUAGGUUCUUCUUAGCCAUGAGUCAGCCACCAACCGGGGGCGCUGCCCCUGCCACAGCAGCAGCUUCUCCCGCCGCUGCAGCCACUGAGGCUCGUCUGCACCCGGAGGGCAGCAGCAGAAAGCAGCAGCGAGCUCAGUCACCCGCUAGACCGAGGGACAGUUCGCUGCGACAGACAAUCCCGGCCACCCGGUCCCCAGUGGGGGCCGGCACUAAACUCAAUUCUGUUCGGCAGCAGCAGCUGCAGCAGCAGCAACAGCAGGGUAACAAGACCGGGAGCCGCACGGGGCCGCCCGCCAGCGUCCGAGGAGGCGGAGGUGGGGCCGAGAAGGCGACGCCCCUGGCGCCCAAAGGGGCCGCUCCGGGAGCUGUCCAGCCCGUGGCUGGUGCUGAAGCGGCCCCCGCCGCGACCCUGGCCGCUUUGGGCGGCAGGAGGCCCGGACCGCCCGAGGAGCCGCCUCGGGAGCUAGAGUCCGUGCCCUCGAAACUCGGGGAACCUCCUCCACUCGGAGAAGGGGGAGGAGGGGGCGGGGAAGGAGGAGGAGCCGGCGGCGGCUCCGGGGAAAGGGAGGGGGGCGCUCCGCAGCCGCCGCCGCCCAGGGGCUGGCGAGGGAAAGGCGUACGCGCUCAGCAGAGGGGCGGCAGCGGCGGGGAGGGGGCCUCCCCUUCUCCAUCCUCCUCUUCUGCGGGCAAAACCCCAGGACCCGGCAGCAGAAACUCCGGAAGCGGCGUUGCGGGGGGCGGCAGCGGUGGUGGAGGGAGCUACUGGAAGGAAGGAUGUCUGCAGUCUGAGCUCAUCCAGUUCCAUCUCAAGAAGGAGCGGGCGGCAGCGGCGGCGGCCGCGGCUCAGAUGCACACUAAGAACGGCGGCGGCAGCAGUAGCCGCAGCUCCCCGGUCUCUGGCCCCCCUGCCAUUUGCGAGACCCUGGCCGUCCCCUCCGCCUCCCCAAUGGCGGCGGCGGCGGAGGGCCCCCAGCAGAGCGCAGAGGGCAGCGCGAGCGGCGGGGGCAUGCAGGCGGCAGCGCCCCCUUCGUCGCAGCCGCACCCGCAGCAGCUCCAAGAGCAGGAAGAAAUGCAGGAGGAGAUGGAGAAGCUGCGAGAGGAAAACGAGACUCUCAAGAACGAGAUCGAUGAGCUGAGAACCGAGAUGGACGAGAUGAGGGACACUUUCUUCGAGGAGGAUGCCUGUCAACUGCAGGAAAUGCGCCACGAGUUGGAGAGAGCCAACAAAAACUGCCGGAUCCUGCAGUACCGCCUCCGCAAAGCCGAGCGCAAAAGGCUCCGCUACGCCCAGACCGGGGAAAUCGACGGGGAGCUGUUGCGCAGCCUGGAGCAGGACCUCAAGGUUGCAAAGGAUGUAUCUGUGAGACUUCACCAUGAAUUAGAAAAUGUGGAAGAAAAGAGAACAACAACAGAAGAUGAAAAUGAGAAACUGAGGCAACAGCUCAUAGAAGUUGAAAUUGCAAAGCAAGCUUUACAGAAUGAACUGGAAAAAAUGAAAGAGUUAUCCUUAAAAAGAAGAGGAAGCAAAGAUUUGCCAAAAUCCGAAAAAAAGGCUCAACAGACUCCCACAGAGGAGGACAAUGAAGAUCUGAAGUGCCAGCUGCAGUUUGUUAAGGAAGAAGCCGCUUUGAUGAGAAAGAAAAUGGCCAAGAUUGAUAAAGAAAAGGACAGAUUUGAACACGAGCUCCAGAAGUACAGAUCCUUUUAUGGGGAUCUGGACAGUCCUUUGCCCAAAGGAGAAGCCGGAGGCCCUCCCAGCACCAGGGAGGCUGAGCUCAAGCUACGGCUAAGGCUGGUGGAGGAAGAAGCCAACAUCCUGGGCAGGAAAAUUGUCGAACUGGAGGUGGAGAACAGAGGCCUGAAGGCGGAACUGGACGACCUUAGGGGCGAUGACUUCAACGGCUCGGCCAACCCGCUCAUGAGGGAGCAGAGCGAAUCCCUGUCGGAGCUGCGGCAGCACCUGCAGCUUGUGGAAGACGAGACGGAGCUGCUGCGGAGGAACGUGGCUGACCUGGAGGAGCAGAACAAGCGCAUCACGGCGGAGCUCAACAAGUACAAGUACAAGUCCGGCGGCCACGACAGCGCGCGGCACCACGACAACGCCAAGACUGAGGCCCUGCAGGAGGAGCUGAAGGCGGCGCGCCUGCAGAUCAACGAGCUCAGCGGCAAGGUCAUGCAGCUGCAGUACGAGAACCGCGUGCUUAUGUCCAACAUGCAGCGCUACGACCUGGCCUCGCACCUGGGCAUCCGCGGCAGCCCCCGCGACAGCGACGCCGAGAGCGACGCGGGCAAGAAGGAGAGCGACGACGACUCGCGGCCGCCGCACCGCAAGCGCGAAGGGCCCAUCGGCGGCGAGAGCGACUCGGAGGAGGUGCGCAACAUCCGCUGCCUCACGCCCACUCGCUCCUUCUACCCGGCGCCCGGGCCCUGGCCCAAGAGCUUCUCUGAUCGGCAGCAGAUGAAGGACAUCCGCUCGGAGGCCGAGCGCCUGGGCAAGACCAUCGACCGGCUCAUCGCCGACACGAGCACCAUCAUCACCGAGGCGCGCAUCUACGUGGCCAACGGGGACCUGUUCGGACUCAUGGACGAGGAGGACGACGGCAGCCGCAUCCGCGAGCACGAGCUGCUCUACCGCAUCAACGCGCAGAUGAAGGCCUUCCGCAAGGAGCUGCAGACCUUCAUCGACCGCCUCGAGGUGCCCAAGUCUGCGGACGACCGCGGCGCCGAGGAGCCCAUUUCCGUGAGUCAGAUGUUCCAGCCUAUCAUUUUACUUAUUCUCAUUCUUGUAUUAUUUUCAUCACUUUCUUACACAACAAUAUUUAAACUUGUCUUCCUUUUUACGCUGUUUUUUGUACUGUAAAUCUUUCA